UCCUUCCAGGAAAGCUCUGACUACCUGGACCGUGGCUCAACCAGCAGCUUCAGCAGGAAGGGCCCCAGCACUAUCCAGAAGAUCAAGGAAGCUCUUAACUUCAUGAGGAACCAGCACUUUGAGGUUCCAUUUAUAGCAUUCUACAGAAAGGAGUAUGUGGAACCAGAGCUUAAUAUCAACGAUCUGUGGAAAGUCUGGCAGUGGGAUGAAAAGUGGACCCAGCUGAAGACCCGGAAGCAGAACCUGACCCGGCUCUUCCAGAAGAUGCAGGCCUUCCAGUUUGAGCAAAUCUCUGCCGAUCCCGACAAGCCUCUCGCCGAUGGAAUCCGGCCUCUAGACACUGCGGAUAUGGAGAGGCUCAAAGAUGUCCAGUCUAUCGAGGAGCUGAGCGAUGUGUAUAACCACUUCCUUCUGUACUACGGCCGCGACAUCCCCAAAAUGCAAAAUGCUGCCAAAGCCAACAAAAAGAAGCUGAAGAAAAUCAAAGAGGUCUCGGAAGAAGAUGGUGAGCAGGAUAUUGAGGCUGAGGAGCAGGAGGAAGAGGAGCAGAAGGGGCCAGAUCUGAAGCUGGCCUCCCGCAGGGACAUGUACAGCAUCUGUCAGAGCGCCGGGCUGGACGGUCUGGCUAAGAAGUUUGGUCUGACCCCGGAGCAGUUUGGGGAGAACCUGCGGGACAGCUACCAGCGCCACGAGACGGAGCAGUUCCCCGCCGAGCCGCUGGAGCUGGCCAAAGACUACGUCUGCAGUCAGUUCUCGGUGCCGGAGGCGGUGCUGGAGGGGACCCGCUACAUGGUGGCCAUGCAGAUCGCCAGGGAGCCGCUGGUCAGACACGUGCUCCGGCAGACCUUCCAGGAGAGAGCGAAGAUCAACAUCAAGCCCACCAAGAAAGGCAAGAAGGAUGUAGAUGAAGCCCACUAUGCCUAUUCCUUCAAAUACCUGAAGAACAAGCCUGUGAAGGAGCUGAAUGGUGACCAGUUCCUGAAGAUGUGCUUGGCUGAAGACGAGGGGCUGUUAACCAUAGACAUCUGCAUCGAUCUGAUGGGAGUAAAGGGGUACGGCAGCGACCAGACGUACUUUGACGAGAUCAAGCAGUUUUACUACCGAGAUGAGUUCAGCCACCAGGUGCAGGAGUGGAACCGCCAGCGAACCCUGGCCAUCGAGCGCUCGCUCAAGCAGUUCCUGUACCCGCAGAUGGCCAAGGAGCUGAAGAACAAGCUCAUGGCGGAGGCCAAGGAGAACAUUAUCAAGGGCUGCAGCCGGAAGCUGUACAACUGGCUCAAGGUGGCGCCGUACCGCCCUGACCAGCAGGUGGAGGAGGACGAUGACCUCAUGGACGAGAACCAGGGCAAGGGCAUCCGUGUGCUGGGGGUGGCCUUCGCAGCCGGCAGGGACACUCCAGUGUUCUGUUCCCUCGUCAACGGCGAUGGCGAAGUCGUCGAUUUCCUGCGCCUGCCUUACUUCCUGAAGAGGCGAAACGCUUGGCGAGAGGAAGAGAGAGAGAAAAAGAUGCAAGAUAUCGAAAACCUGAAGAAGUUCCUCGUCAGCAAGAAGCCUCAUGUGAUCGCCGUUGCCGGGGAAAACAGGGACGCCCACAUGAUCAUCGAAGACAUCAAGCGUGUGGUGAGCGAGCUGGAGCAGGAGAUGUCCCUGCCCUCCAUCGGAGUGGAGCUGGUGGACAACGAGCUGGCGGUGCUCUACAUGAACAGCAAGAAGUCAGAGGUGGAUUUCCGGGACUAUCCCCCGUUGCUCCGCCAAGCGGUGUCCAUCGCCCGGAAGAUCCAGGAUCCUCUGGUGGAGUACGCUCAGGUGUGCAGCACCGACGAGGACAUACUGUGCCUCAAGAUGCAUCCUCUGCAGGAGCACGUCGUGAAGGAGGACCUUCUGAACGCGCUGUACUGCGAGUUCAUCAACCGGGUCAACGAGGUGGGCGUGGACGUGAACAGAGCCAUAGCCCACCCCUACACCCAGAGCCUGGUGCAGUACGUGUGCGGACUGGGGCCCAGGAAGGGCUCCCACCUGCUCAAG